GCCCUUUGUUAGUCACCACUCUGCACUCACUACUUCUCAAGUUGGCCAUUUUCGUCACUGAUUCCGCCGAUCGCCUGUAUUCCACUAUUUACGUCAUAAUAUCUCCUCAUAUUUCGAUCCUGACGUGACGAACAACGACGAUGAUCUACUGUGUUUCGUGAGAACAGGGUCGUACCGCCGCCAUUGACGCAACAUCAACGAGAAACUAAAGAUUGAUCGUCUGAAAGCGCUAACUACAGUAGUCAAGCCACUGUAAUCAUGUACGUACAAGUAAGAAUGAUGGACACUGGUGUGUCGGUCACAAUACCCACAUCUAGGACAACAGUGCUCAAAGAGUUCAAGAAACUCGUCGAAGAAAAAUUCAACAUCAAGCCGGAAAACCAGAGAUUGUUUUUUGCCGGCAAACAACUGGAAGACCAAUAUAGACUAUUUGACUAUAGUAUAAAUGUAAAUGAUGUUAUUCAACUAAUGGUUAGAGCAGCUGUUGCUGAAUCAAACUCUCCAAAAAAAUCAAAAGUAACAAUAAAUUCAAUAAAAGAAACAUCUACUCCGUGUUCUUCUUCUACCACCAGUUCAACAUUGAACGAAGAUAAUUCUGAGGAGAGCAAAUAUUUUAAAGUCGGUGAUUAUGUUGAUGUAAAAGAUUAUACCUACGGAUCAUGGUUCAUUAGUAAAUUGAUCAAAAUAAAAAAAGACAGCUGUGCAGUAAAUAAACCAAAUGAUCCUAAAAGUCCAGUGGAAAACGAUGGGCUAGUUUAUGUUGCAGAGAUCUUAAGAUGUCCCGAAGAACCUCCCAUUGAAGUUCAAUUGCAAGAAAUACGGCCUCAUGCGUUUGAUAUUUUGCCUUUUGAAAAGUUAAAAACAAACGAUAGAGUUCUCAUGAAUUACAAUGUUGAUUACCCUCAAGAACGCGGUUAUUGGUAUGAUGUACUGGUGAAAGAGAUAAAAACUAAUAGAAGAGGCCGUGACGUUAUUGGAGAUGUAUCUGUUGGGUUAGAUAAUGCAGUGUUAAAAAAUUGUCAUUUGAUGUUUCUCGAUGAUAUAUAUAUAGUAAAACCAUAUCAGUUACUUUCGGAGCGGACACCAGAAGAUGAUAAAAUUAUACAAACUGAACCUGCUGUCAUGAGGGCGGCUGCUUUGUAUUGUAUCAAAUGCCAAAGACAAUUUGAACAAAUCAUGUAAAGAAUGUGGGUGUCGUGUUUGUGGUGGAAAAGACAAUGAAGACAAACAGUUGAUGUGUGAUGAAUGUAA